CUUCUUUGUGCAUUUCUUCUGUACAUAAAGGAGAAGACAACGUGGGAGCUUCUCUGCACAAUCCACUCAGUCAAAGUCAACAGAUAAAUUUCCAACCCGGUCUCGUCCAUCCUCUUCUUUACUUUAUGACAGAAUGCCAGCGAAUGGUCUUCCCCGAAUUCCACACAGCUCACACCUGAGCUCUGCUUCAAUGAUAGAGCUCAAUUCCACCCACUAAUUGUUCCCUUCUCCUCGUUCUUUAAUUCUCUGUUGUCUUCAUCUUCUUCUUCUUGAUUUUCAGUACUCCCCAGUCGACCAGUAAAUGUUUCUUGAAUCACCAUUUCACGUAGUAUAGCACCAGUAUCGUUCUCUUUUUAAGAAUCCUAAACUUGUCAAAUCAAGACUAGGAACUUUAGAAAUUCGGUUUGCAAUUCAAUGGGUAAAGGAGGCGGUUGUGUGCCGAGCAAGAAAAGAUCGGUCGAGUCCGCUGAUCAAGAUCCUCCAAACCGAGAAAGGGAUGGCCCUGUGCCUGCCCAGGAACGAGCCCCACCAGCAGCAGCAGCAGAAGCAGAAGUCACUGCCCCGGUCACAGUGAACAAUGCGCAGACCAUCAAGAAGCUGAGAAUUUUCAUAAUCUUUUACUCAAUGUACGGGCACGUGGAGCUUCUUGCGAGGAGGAUCAAGAAGGGUGCGGAUUCAAUUGAUGGCGUUGAGGGUGUUCUUUACAGGGUGCCGGAGACGCUGACGUCGGAGGUUCUGGAGCAGAUGAGGGUCCCUCAGAAACAUGAUGAAGUGCCUGUUAUAUCCGCGGAGAAAUUGGUGGAAGCGGAUGGGUUGUUGUUCGGGUUUCCAACCAGGUAUGGGUGCAUGGCGGCACAGAUGAAGGCCUUCUUCGAUUCGACUGGGGGGUUGUGGCGCGAGCAGAGGCUUGCCGGAGUGCCUGCCGGGUUCUUUGUGGGCACCGGCACUCAGGGUGGAGGGCAAGAAACUACGGCAUGGACGGCAAUUACUCAGUUAGCUCACCACGGAAUGCUCUACGUGCCAAUUGGGUACACUUUCGGGGCCGGAAUGUUUAAGAUGGAUACCAUAAGAGGAGGUUCCCCAUACGGUGCUGGAGUAUUUUCUGGUGACGGCACGAGGGAACCGAGCACGACCGAGCUGGCUCUUGCCGAGCACCAAGGCAAGUACAUGGCCUCAAUCGUUAAGAGAUUUGCCGUGCCCUGCUAAUGCAUAUCAUUCAAAGCACCUGUCGAGACAUUGCAUUUUCCUGUGCGAUAUAUAUUUCUUUUGCUUGGGGAUCAGAAAUGUAUCAUUUGAUUCUUAUUAGAUCACCUGUUCUACUCAUCUGGGUAUGGAAGUCUGUUUGAUAUCGUCCCUCUGUAGCUCAGUCGAAAUUUUUUGUGUUUGAUUUAUUGUAGACAGUUGAAUUAAAGAGCUAUUCAGUAUAGUUUCCAA